AUCGGAUCCAUGCAGGAUGUGCAUGAACAUUGUUGUUUAUUUUCGGAACGAGGCAACCCUUUUGAAGAAUGGAUGCUACUCAAAUGAUCAGUGACUCAAUCUUGGAGUCAGAGGAAGAAGAAAGUGAAGAGGAGAAUGAAAACAAGAGGGGGCAACCUUUGGCUAAACUCUGCAUCUUAAAAAAUAAAUAUAUUCCUGAGAAAGAGUUACCCCUCUUUUUGGGAGACAAUGUCCUGGGCCGUGAACCCAACACCUGCAACCUGCCGUUGGAAGCGUCCUCAGUAUCCAAGCAGCAUGCGACCAUCUGCAUCUCGGCCUACAGGAGAAAAGGUUGUGAUCGUGAAGUUGACAUUGAGGCUUUGGUUUGGGACCUAGGAAGCAUGAACGGGACCCGCAAGGGCCGUUUAAAGCUGACUCCUAAUGUACGAUAUGCCCUCAGUGAACAGGACAGUUUGGUAGUGGCCGACAUCCCAUGUCAGUAUGUGAGUUGUGCGGCAGAUGAAAUCUCUUCUCGAGGGGAUGCAACGGCUCCUGUAAGCAAAACUAAUGGGGUAACGGCUAAGAUGCCGGCGGUCUCGGGAGAAACGGUAAUUGAUGCAAACAGAAGCAGCAAGAGUUUUGUUAACGGAGGUCCAAAGUCACGGCCGUCAUUACCUGAGGACACAAGGAAUACUCCAGUCACACACAGUUGCCUGUCCUUUGAGAAAACUCCAACACAGCCACAGGCAAGCCUGGUCCCAGAAUCGGACUUAGACUCAGAUGGAGAAAGAGGGGUAGAAGGAGAGAGAAGGCGCAAGGCACUCGUGUCCAACACAGAGUCCUAUAAAUCCAGUCCCACCUGUUCAACAUUCCUGAGUCCUACAAACAAAAUAGUCCCUGAAAGUGAGGACGAAAGUCCUAUCACACCGUCCUCCUCGUCUAAAAAUAGGCCUUACGGACAUGUCAGUUUCAGCAAGGAGGAGACAUACGUGGAUGUGGGGCGACAGCAGCAAAAGGAAAAAGAGAGCCCUGGGGUUGUGGAUGACAGCGAAGAGGAUGGAGGAGAAGAGGAAAGAGCAGCGCUAGCAGGGGAAAAGUCUGAGGAGAGCAGACAACAUGUGCAAGUGAAACAGGACAGCGAUGUCAGUCUUACUGGAGAAGACGAGUCGCCUGUAUCUACUACUGCAGCUCUCACUGAUGAGAUCCCUGUUUUUAACAUGGACAGCGAUACAGAUGUGGAGGGAGAGGAGGAAGAGGAAACAUCUGCGGCUCCUGUGAGCUUGAAUACAAAUCAAAAAGCGGACACAGUCCAGUUUCACAUGGACAGUGAUACAGAUGUUGAAGAGGAUAAUGACGCCUUACAGAAAGUUUCCAAAUCUGCUCUUCCCUCUGCUGACACCAAACGUCCUCAUUUUAUUUCAGUUAUUCAGCCAGAGGGCUUGACUAUGGACAGUGACACUGAUGUUGAUGAUGAUGAUGGUGCUGUGUCAGAUGCGAAACCUGGGUCAUUUCCGAGCACACACACAGCUGACUCUGCUCCGUCAACGCAGCCAGAAGAUUUCCGCCUAGACAGUGACACAGACGUUGAUGAGGAGGAAGAAAAGCAAUGUGGAACAAAUACUAUCGGCUCAAAAAUAGAUGAAACUCCCACUGAACUGGAUAUCAAGCCAAGUAAGCCUGAAUCAGCUCCUAAUGCUCCUCUCAGUGUGCAUGUUGACAGUGACACAGAUGAUGAAACUGCUGCUGUCAGUGAACCCUCAGCACUGUCUGCUGUCACAGAGUCAAACGCUACUGUAGAUAAAGGAGCUGAUUUGGGUAUUCUGUCAGACAGCGACACAGAUAUGGAAGACGACUCUCUGGUCAUACCUGUUGCUAUCGCAUCAUUGUUACUUUCUCCUGCCACCAAGUCAGAUGCUCCUCAGCCAGAUUCUGAUGCAGAUUCAGGUGAAAACGACUCCAACUCUGCCGGAGAGGGGGGCAAUCAAGUUGACCUUGGACUGGGCAGUGACACCAAUGUGGAAGAUAAGGAAGAGGUUUUUGAAAAUGACGGUGAGGACCAGAUCCCAAGCCUGUGCAGAGAAAACACACCUGGGUUGCUGGUUCCCCUUCUGCACAACUGCUCGACUCCUGUACAGAUGUUAGAAGGACAAGUUGAAGAUAUGGACACCCAGGCCUUCCUGAGUCCUUCUACAGGUCCAUUUAGAAGUGCAGUAGCCCAUGCUGAAAGACUUCAAACCCUGCCUUCCUUGUCAGACAGCAACGAGGAUGAAGAUUAUGUUGUGGCAGAGACGCAGUCCUUUGUACUUCAGACCAGAGAGGGCCAUGGCAACACUCUAAGGGACCCCGCCCAAGCUUUUGGCCUCGAGUCUGCUGCUGAUGAAAAAGGCGAACCGUCCAUUAGAGCAGGGUCUUUCCAGCUGGGACUGUCUGACAGCAGCCACCCGCAGGUUCAGGCCCAGGCUUUAGCCAUGGAGAGCACCCAAGCUUUUGUGCCUCUGGAAGGGGGCGUGACUUUGGAAGAAACCCAACCGUAUGCAGCCAACUCGAAUACAGAGAGAAACUCUUUAGAGAAUGAUGCCAAUAUGGAGGAUACACAGGCUUAUGCAGAGGAGGAAGAUGAGGAAAAGGUUGCUAGAGGUUCUGUAAUGACUGAAAAAGAAGGUCAUGUCAAUUUUGCCCUGGAAGCAACACAGGCUUAUAUUCCAGAUCCCAACUGUGAUUCAGAGCAUGAAACAGACAUGGAUGAGAGAAAUAGUACUGCUUCUGCUGAGACGCAGCCUUUAGACUUUCCCACUUCGUCCACUCUUGCCAUGGCUGAAACCCAACCAAUGACUGCCUUUGAGGAAGAGGAGAGUUUGGAUGAAGAACACCUGGUUUCUGCUUUAGCAGUAAAGCCCAGACCGCUUAAUGAAUCAAAAGAAAGAGGAGAACAUGAGGAAGCAGCUCAACCUCAGGAGCUUCAGCUCAGUAAAGCUAUGUCUGUAAGUGAAACUCAGCCCAUGUGCACAGGUGACGAUGAGGAAAGUGAUGAUGAGGAUUCAGUGAUAGGUUCACGAAAAAGAAAGUCAAAACAGCUGCAAAUUGAAGAUGAGCAGACACAAACCCUCACAAACUCUGAGCUCUCUGCUGUUGAAACCUCGCCCAUGGGUGCAGCUGGAGAUGCAGAAAGUGAUGAAGAGGACUCAAUUCCGGGUCCGCGAAAAAGAAAGGCAAAGAGGCUGCAUAUUCAGGAUGAGGAGUCCCAAACGCUCACAAACUCUGAGCUCUCCGCUGCUGGAACUCAGCCCAUGGGUACAGCUGAAGAUGGAGAAAGUGAUGAAGAGGACUUAAUUCCAGGGCCUCGCAAAAGAAAAGCCAAACGUCUGCAAAUUCAGGAUGAGGCAACACAACCCCUUACAAAUCCUGAGGACUCCACUGUCGAAACUAGGCCCCUGGAAACAGACACUGGACUGCAGCAUCAUAGAGGAAGGGGGAGACAAUCUGACGCUGGAACCAGCAGCAUCGCUGUUAGAGGAAAGAGGGCUACAAGGACAAGAUUAAGAGAAGAGGAGGAUCAGGAAGACUGUUCUGAACCUCCACGGAGACAGACGAGAGGGAAACAUGUGAAAGCUUUGCCAACUACAAGAGGAAGGAGAGGGAAAUCAGGACCGAAUGAGAGUGAGGAAGAGGAGGAGGUAGAACAGGCUAAAAGAACUAGAGGCAAAAAGUCAAUGAGGCAACAAGAGGAGGAUGAACAAGAAAAAAUAGCGAGGGAGAGACAAGAGCAAGAAGAACAAGAAAGAUUGCAAUCUGAAAAUGCAGAAAGGUUAAGGCUUGAAGUGGAGAAAGCAGAGAAAGAAAGAAAAGUACAAGAGGAAAAACAGAGAUCAGAGAGGGAAAAGGCAGAGAGAGAGAAAGAGAGAGAGAAAUUAGAAAGGAUAGAAAAGAACAGAAAGGAAAAGGAAGAAAAAGAGCAGGCUGAAAGGGCCCAAAAGGAAAAAGAACAAUUGGAGAGAGAAAGAAAAGAGCAGGCUGAAAAAGAGAAAAUCAAGCUUGAAAAUGAGCAAAGAGAAGAACAAGAAAGAUUAGAGAGAGAAAACAAAGAGAAAAUUGAAAAAGAAAGAAAGGAACAGGAAGAAAAAGAAAGAUUGGAGACAGCGAAGAGGGAACUAGAAGAAAGACUGGCGAGGGAAAGAAAUGAACGAGAAGACAAAGAGAAAGUGGAGAGAGAAAAACAAGAAAAAAGAAGCCAAAGAAAACAAAUUAAAGAGCGAGAAGAAAACAAGACUGAAACACCUGCAAGAAGCCGGAGAUCAGCUAGAAAAACAAUUGCUGCUGUUUUUACAACACAAGACUCAAAUGAUGUCCCAGCCAGGAGGACCAGAUCUCGCUCCAACUCUUCCAACUCUGUCAGUUCAGAGAGGUCCGCUUCAAGUGUGAAAGCCCAGGAGAGCAGGGGGAGAGGCCGAGGAAGAGGAGCAAAGAGGACCAAUGAGCCUCCUCCAGCAGCUUCUGCAAGAAGCAGUAAUAGAAGGAAGACUGUCGCUGCAGGGCCAACACAACGUGACAGUGGUGAUGUCUCUCCUCAGGGAGUUCUUUCCAGGUCUAACUCCACCAACUCCCUCAACUCGGAGAUUUCCCACUGCAGCUUGGCCUCUCAGAGCAGGGGAAGAGGAGGCAGGCAGAGAGGAAGAGGAAGAAAAUUAGAAGCAGACUCUGUUGUUGACCAGAGUCCGGCUCCUAAACCUACAGGCAGGGGCAGGAAGAGCAGGAAAGGAAAUGAAUCCACUAAUGAGAUUCCUGAUGAGGAUGAUAAAGAGAAGACUGUCUCUCAGACUAGUACCACAAGGGGGCGACAGCGAGCCAAUAUAAAUGUCUCUGAGUCUGCUGCUGCAGAUGAAGGCCCCUCAAUUCACAAGAGUGCCACAGAAGAGGAAUCUCCUCUGCCGAAAAGAAAUGUUAGUGGCAGAGUCCAAAAAUUAGUAAAUAAUGAGUCUGUUGAGUCACCAGUUGGACCUGCACUCAGUGAUGGAUAUGAAGCUAAAAGAAAAGGAAGAAAAAGAGAGUUGGAGGAAAACACAGCGGAUCCCAGCAGCAGCUGCAAAAUGUCGAAAGGGAAGGAGAAAGCAGAAGAAGAAGCAAAAGUUGUAACUAACGAUGAGAUUCCAGUUCAAGCUAAAAGACGAGGUCGACGAUCCAGCGCUCAAGCAAAAAUGAAUGCUAAAGGUUCCUCCACUGAAAUGGAGGUGACAGAGGAGAAAACGGAGGAGGAGACUGUUAAGAGGAAAGGCAGAGGUCGAAAAUCAGCCGUCCAGGACAAAAGGAAGGAGCAGCAGGAUGAAAGUGGAUCAUCUGUUGACCAGGAUGCAAAUAUGGAAGCUUAUGAGCCCCAGACUCCAACCAGCGGUGUGUCCCGGAAGCCGGCUCCUCUGGACUCGUCACCUGUUGUAAAGACACCUCGCUCCUCCUCUGCUUCCCCGGCAGCUGGUGGUCGAUCAAGAAGUGCCAGCCAGACCUAUAAGGUGCUGUUCACAGGUGUGGUGGAUGAAGCAGGGGAGAGAGUGUUGGCUCGUUUAGGAGGCAGCAUGGCUAAAGGUGUUGCAGAUAUGAACUGUUUGGUGACUGAUAAGGUCCGCAGGACAGUAAAAUUCCUGUGUGCAGUGGCUAAAGGAGUCCCCAUUGUCACCACACACUGGCUUGAAAAGAGCGGUAAGGCUGGCAGCUUCCUGUCUCCUCAUGCUUUUAUUGUGAAGGAUCCGGAGCAGGAGAAGAAGUUCAGUUUCUGUCUACAGGAGUCUCUGAGGACUGCCAGCAGUCAGCCUCUCUUUCAGGGAUACGAAAUCCAUGUAACAAAAUCAGUGAAGCCAGAACCAGUCCAUAUGAAAGACAUUAUCUCCUGCAGUGGAGCUACUUUUCUUCCCAAGAUGCCCUCUUCUCACAAGCCUCAGACUUUAGUGAUUUCCUGUGAGGAGGACUUGUCUCUCUGUGGUCCUGCUUUCGCUGCGUCCCUCCCGGUCGUUACGGCUGAGUUCAUUCUCACAGGGAUUCUGCAGCAGAAACUCGACCUACAGACCCACUCAAUCUCUGCUCCUGCCAGCAAUCUACCAACUGCAGGAGGAAGAGGAAGGGGCAGGAGGAAGACUUAGCAGCCCCUGGGUAUACUGCAAUAUCCACAAAAUGUGACACCAUCCAUAUGUAGGAAAUCUGCCGCUGUUUUCAUGUCGUUGAUUAGCUUACAAAUCAGUGACUGGUACAAAACUCAACAGGUGUGUGUGCCACAUACAGCUAAAAUGGAUUGUAUACUCACAUGGUAGAUAACAUAUUUUGAAUGUAGUUAUUUUAUAGUGUUAGCUAUAAUAUUAAACAAAUUUUAUAUGCACUCUAUCCUGUUUUGGAAAAUGGUAAAAACUGAAUUUAGGACACUUGCAAAAGAGUUUAUAGUUUGUAUGUUUCCAACUCUGCACUCAGUUGAUUCUUUUCUACCAAUCAGGCUUUGGGUCUUUGAGGAAAUGUAGUUUUUAGCGUUGCAAAAGCUGACAGCAAUGAUGCUGCUAUGAUGCAGGAGGGGAAUAAUUACCAAUAACUCAUCCUUGUCCCUUUCUCCCUGUUAUCCAAUGCUGUGCUCCACCUCUUCUUGGCACCACAAUAACACGCAGAGUACAACUUAACACAGCAAAAAUGCUGCUACUCUCUUUUGUAUGCUAAGUGCUCCAACUCUUAUCAGCCCGUUUGGCAGGUUACCAGAUGUGAAGUGGGAGAAGUAUAAUCAUGUUUGGGUGGAGGAAUAGUGGAAGUGAUCAGGUAGGUUUUGAGAAACAUCAUCUAUAAUGACCAGGGGAUGGAAAAAAAAAAACCGUUUCUCCUGCCACGAUAAGAAGAGUAUAGUGCCUUUUAUGCCGAGGUAAUCUUGAACCUGGAUCUGGUUCUUCCUCCGUCUCCAUUACCCACCUCCCAUACUCCAUUAAGGCUUCAUCCAAUCCUAUUACCUCCAGUGAUGAGACAUGAUAGGCACCUGAACGCUGAUGCUUUUCCUACAUCAAUAUGUUCCUGCCCUUGUACUAAAUUUUCCGACCGUUCAUUUUAUGCAUACAUGUCUUUUAUCUAAAAAAGAAAGGUAAAAAAAGGCAGCAGAUCUUCAAGUCGAUUUCUCCUCUGACCCCGUGUAUACGUAAAGUUUACCCAUGCUGCAUCAUUGGUGUUUUUAAAAACAUGCUCAUUAGCUUACAACAAAGUUGGAUUACAGAAACUUUUCAACAGCUAAUAUCUUAACACCAUAAUGUAUUUGUAUCAUGUUAAGUAUUCUGUCUGUAUUCCCAAUGAGAACAUUAAAUCUUUUCUAUAUUACCUUA